CGGUACAUCAUCGCCAUGCUCUGCGGCUUCGGCUUCUGCAUCAGCUUCGGGAUCCGCUGCAACCUGGGCGUGGCCAUCGUCAGCAUGGUCAACAACAACACGGUGUACCGGGGCGACAAGGUGGUGGUGGAGAAAGCCCAGUUCACCUGGGACCCCGAAACGGUCGGGAUGAUUCACGGCUCCUUCUUCUGGGGCUACAUCGUCACGCAAAUCCCUGGUGGCUUCAUCGCCCAGAAAUUCGCUGCCAAUAGGGUCUUUGGCUUUGCCAUUGUGGCCACCUCGACGCUGAACAUGCUGAUCCCGUCGGCCGCCCGGGUUCACUACGGCUGCGUCAUCUUCGUCCGCAUCCUGCAGGGGCUGGUGGAGGGGGUGACGUACCCGGCCUGCCACGGGAUCUGGAGCAAGUGGGCCCCCCCUCUGGAGCGCAGCCGCCUGGCCACCACGGCCUUCUGCGGCUCCUACGCGGGCGCAGUGGUGGCCAUGCCGCUGGCCGGGGUCCUGGUCCAGUACUCGGGGUGGAGUUCGGUCUUCUACGUGUAUGGCAGCUUUGGGAUCUUCUGGUACAUGUUCUGGUUGCUGGUUUCCUAUGAGAGCCCAGCUCAGCACCCCACCAUCACAGAGGAGGAGCGCCGGUACAUCGAGGAGAGCAUCGGGGAGAGCGCCAGCCUCAUGAACCCCCUGGUGAAAUUCAAGGCCCCCUGGCGCAAGUUCUUCACCUCCAUGCCCGUCUACGCCAUCAUCGUCGCCAACUUCUGCCGCAGCUGGACCUUCUACCUGCUGCUCAUCAGCCAGCCGGCCUACUUCGAGGAGGUCUUCGGCUUCCAGAUCAGCAAGGUGGGCCUGCUCUCCGCUCUGCCCCACCUGGUCAUGACCAUCAUCGUCCCCAUCGGGGGGCAGAUUGCGGAUUUCCUGCGCAGCCGCAGGAUCAUGUCCACCACCAACGUCCGCAAGAUGAUGAACUGCGGAGGCUUUGGCAUGGAGGCGACUCUGCUGCUGGUGGUGGGUUAUUCCCACAGUAAAGGCGUCGCCAUCUCGUUCUUGGUCCUUGCUGUGGGCUUCAGUGGCUUCGCUAUUUCAGGGUUCAACGUGAAUCACCUGGACAUCGCCCCGCGUUACGCCAGCAUCCUCAUGGGCAUCUCCAACGGGGUGGGCACCCUCUCGGGCAUGGUCUGCCCCAUCAUCGUCGGGGCCAUGACCAAGCACAAGACGCGGGAGGAGUGGCAGUACGUGUUCCUCAUCGCCUCGCUGGUGCACUACGGGGGGGUCGUGUUCUACGGGAUCUUCGCCUCGGGCGAGAAGCAGCCCUGGGCCGAGCCGGAGGAGACCAGCCCCGAGAAAUGCGGCUUCAUCCACGAGGACGAGCUGGCCGACGAGGAGGACGAGGCUGCCCGGGGGGCGGGCGACGGGGGCGGGGGCGGCUACGGGGCCACCAAGAGCACCAGCUUCGCCAACGGGGGCUGGGUGGCCGACUGGGACAAGAAGGAGGAGUUCGUGCAGGAGCCCGGCAAAGACGCCUACAUGUACGGGGCACCGCGGGAGAGGGACCUGUCCUAGGAACCCCCCGAAUCUCCGCCUCCCCCCAGGCACCUCUGCGGUGGUACAGUCCAGGAGGUUGGGGCCGCACUUGGCCACACCCCCAUUCUUCAGGCCACACCCCAGUUCCCCCCCACUACAUUGGUACAGUCCAGGGGGUGGGACCACAGUUGGCCACACCCCUAUUCUGCAGGCCACGCCCCAAUCCCCACGCUGUGUUGGUACGGUCCAGGGGGAUGGGACUGAGCUUGGCACACACACCCCCCAUUCCUCCACUGCAUUGGUACAAUCCAGCAAGGUGAGGUGGAGCUAAGUUAGGCCACACCCAAAUCUGCCCCAAGUGCCACUGAGCCAGGGGGUGGGAUUUAUUUUGGCCACUCCCAAAUCCCCCACUGCAUUGGUAUAAACCAAGGGGGGGCGGGGCUGAGUUAGGCCACACCCCCACUCUAUGGGACACAGCCCCCUUCAUUGGUGCCAUC